CUGUGGCGUCGUCACCAUCAUUUGGUUGGGCGCUCAAAAUUGGCCAGUCUGGUCCCGCUAGCUCCAGAAGGACUAACGCGCAAGGACACCCCGACAGGCUGUUAUUUAGCUAACAUACUGUCGCCCUGAACUGUGCCAGGAGGACACCGACAGAACCACAUCAAGGUCUUGCUUUUCAGUCCAGAUUUGACUCCCCCACCCCGAGUCCUUCAGCAAUCAUCUGGGGUUCACCUACAGCAAGAUUCCAUCUUCCAACGUCUUCUCCUUGAGCAGACAUGCCUCCACCAGUGGGUGGCCCUGCGGGAUACACCCCUCCUGAGGGGGGGUGGGGUUGGGCGGUGGUAGUGGGGGCCUUCAUCUCCAUUGGCUUCUCCUAUGCUUUCCCAAAAUCUAUAACUGUCUUCUUUAAAGACAUCGAGGUCAUCUUUGAAGCCACGCCCAGCCAGGUGUCAUGGAUCUCGUCCAUCAUGUUGGCUGUCAUGUAUGCAGGAGGUCCAAUCAGCAGCAUCCUGGUAAACAAAUUUGGCAGUCGACCAAUCAUCUUCCUCGGUGGCUGUCUGGCAGGGUCAGGAUUGGUCUCUGCCUCCUUUUGCAACACUGUGGAGCAGCUCUACUUCUUCAUUGGGGUUGUGGGAGGUUUGGGAUUGGCGUUCAACUUGAAUCCAGCCCUCACUAUGAUUGGGAAGUACUUCUACAAACGGCGGCCCAUCGCCAACGGCAUCGCCAUGGCCGGCAGCCCGGUCUUCCUGUCCACUCUGGCUCCUCUCAACUCCUGGCUCUAUGACAAGUUUGGCUGGAGGGGCAGCUUCCUCAUCCUGGGAGGGCUUCUGCUCAACUGUUGCGUGGCCGGCUCGCUCAUGCGCCCCAUCGGACCCAAAGCCCAGCCCACCAAGCCUGAUGCGGAGGUAGGUGAGGCGAGUGAUUCGGUGCAGCCACAGCCCAAGAAGACAGUCCUGCAGACCAUCAACUCAUUUAUUGACCUGACGCUGUUCAAACAUCGCGGCUUCCUUCUCUACCUGAUGGGCAACGUCGUCAUGUUUCUCGGCCUCUUUGCUCCGCUCGUCUUCCUCUCCAACUUUGCCAAGAGUAAAGACAUCAGCAAGGAAAAGGCGGCUUUCCUGCUAUCAGUGCUGGCGUUUGUGGAUAUGUUUGCCCGGCCCUCCAUGGGCCUGCUGGCUAACACCAAGUGGGUCCGACCCAGAGUGCAGUACUUCUUUGCAGCCGCCGUCCUCUACAACGGCGUGUGUCAUGUAUUGGCUCCCCUUUCCACCAACUACACCGGAUUUGUGGUGUACGCCAUCUUCUUUGGCUUUGCAUUCGGCUGGCUGAGUUCUGUGUUGUUCGAGACUCUGAUGGACCUGGUGGGGGCACAGAGGUUCUCCUCAGCCGUGGGUCUUGUCACCAUAGUCGAGUGUGCGCCUGUGCUGCUGGGCCCGCCGCUAACGGGAAGCUUCUACAACUACUUCCACCACUACGACUACACGUACAUCUCUUCUGGUGUCAUCCUCAUCGUUGCCAGUAUCUUCCUCUUUGUGGGAAUGGGCAUAAACUACAAACUGUUGGAUCGAGAGAAAAAGCAGGAAGAGAAUAAAGAGCCCAAGGAAGAGCGCGCUGCCAUGCUAGCACCUGCCUCACCUUCAAAGUCCCACACGGAGGAGAACGAUGCUCCGGAUGCCGUCAAGCCAGAGGAGGAUUCCAAGAUGGACGAGAAUACAGUGUAGUACCACAACAGACUCUUAGAAGAAACACAAGAAUUACACCUACACAAUUACGUAAUGGAGCACCGUGCUCAGAUCUUUUUUCUUUUUUUUUUACUUUGUUUUUAAAAUGAUGUGCCUGUGGGGAGCGCACACCCCCCUGCCAACACAGAAUGCUGACAGUAGGGUUCUAAUCCAGUCAUACGACGAGGAUGUUACUCUCAGGGUCUCCAGUUGCCAUAAUGCACCGCACACACAUUAUUACUCUUCACCCCUUGAGGGCUGGGCACCAGCUAAAAGGACACAUCCAUAGUAGUGUAUGUUGUCGAUAGCAGUUGCUGUUUUUAACCGUUUAUGCACAAGAACAAAAAGAAGGAUGCACUGAUUGUACCAUUUGUUCAGACGCAAUAUAAACAAAUUCCAACAAACAAAUGAAAAACAAAAGAUACACAGUACUGUACAUUCAAUGAUCAUUUGGACGGCUUGGUAAAUGAAGGUCAGUGUAGGCCAUUGCAGCAUUAAAGCCACUGUAUUGUGUACUUGUGGAAAAAUGUGUGUGCACUGUGUGGUAUUAUCACACACCCUCCUGGCAGCGCAACUUGCCAAUCAAAGUAAAAAGAAAAAAACAUAAGGACGAGACCACUGAGUAUUAAAUGACAGCACACACCAGUUUGUGGCAAUGGUGAGAUUACUGUGUGUGUGUGUGUGUGUGUGUGUGUGUGUGCGCGCGUGCGUGCGUGCGUGCGUGUGUGCGCGCGCGUGUGCUUCUAUCCAACCAGCUGUGCUGCCAAAAUAGGACCCUCUAUUACAGUUUUCCCAGUUUUUACAUGUUAGGCAUCAGUGUUUUAAAAGUGUGAAACGUGGUAAAUUAAAGGCGUAUUAGCUCAACGUAUGCUGACAAUCAGAUGUAAACGUGUGAUUAAAGUGUGUGUGCAUGUGAUUUAAACAUUUCCUGCGGUGUCCCACUGCAGAAUGUGUGCCAUCCAUCACAGUUUGAAAGCCACGGCAGAUGGUUUUUUUUUUGUUGUUCAUGUAUGAAGUACACAACUUUGGAGGAGAGUUUCACCAGCUAUCACUUUGUGUAUUUUUUUUUCACCUAACACAAGCCUAUUCCUUUAUGAUCUUUUUUUUUUUUAUGGCACAUAGCCCCGCUGUUAGCUUUACAGUCGUCCCUCGCAAUAUCGCAGUUUGAUUGUUCCUCGCUGUAUCGUGUUUUUUUUCCCCGGAAAUUAAUAAAUGGCCGCCGUUUCGUGGUAGACUAUGGUCUAUUAUCCAUUAUUAGUCAAAACAUUGAAAUACAAGUGAUAUGUAGUAUUCUGGUCACUAGGUGGCAGUAAUGUCACAUUACAUGAUCUCACCCUGCACUCAAAGUAGCCAGCUGUUGAGGCUGAGUGAAAAAAGGUUCUCCUUCCAUUCCGUGUGGAAGUGGUACGUUUUUACCGCCUUACUUUGACUUUUCUCACUCCGUUUGAAACCUUUCCUUAUAAGUUUAGAAGAAAUAAAUUUGAGCCUAACUGGUUAGCUCGCUGGCUCAGGGGUCGGCAACCCGCGGCUCUUCAGCGCCCUUGUUGCCCUUUGCCGAGCUCUAUGAUUUUUUUUUUUAACACCAAAAUAGGGGAAAUGUGCAUUUUCGAAAAGAAUGUGAAAUAUCCAACUCACUGCAAGUCUAGACUGCCUUCUGACUGCUGAUUAGAUGAGCAAGGGAAGGGGAGGUCCCGCACAUUAAGGUAAAACUAUGUAAUUAAGGGGAGCAGAGCAAUAUGUUUUAUAAUGAGAAGCACACUGUAGCUAUGUGUUCGGAGCCGUGACAUGCUAAUCGCCAAGGUGGUGACUCCAGGAGAGGCAGAUAAUGUGCCGCAGGAGCUGACUGUGCACUCACCACCGCUUGUGACUGCUGUGAGGUGAGGCAGACCUCUCGGCAGCAACCGCAGAACAAUACAGGCUUUCACUUUUUACGUCUCCAAAUAUCAGUCCCUGCAUUUGUCGCUAUUUGCUUUUGGGAAAAUAAGUCACCAAGACGGUUUGGAAAGUCGCCAGAUUUAGUGAGAAAACAGCCAAGUUGGCAACACUGGGCUGCACAUGAGAUGGGAAGGAGGAGGAAGCCGUUCACAGAUGGAAAGUACAUGAAAGAAUCGUUCAUAAAAAAUAUCACAGCAUCUAUUCUCUGGAUUAAAAAAUAAACCAAGGAUUCAGAACAGGACAGGACAUGUUCAGCGAUGUUCAGCGCAGGCAUAAACACUGUUGAGCAGAAAUAUAAACGCUGAUGAGCUUUUUUAUGUAAAGGAUGGUCACAUUUUGUUUUCAUUCGAAACAAAUAUGGGGACUACUCAAAAAGGCUUACGGAGUUCAGUGUUUAAAUGAUUUCUGAGCAGGCCAAACAUGCACACUGCACUUUUAUUUCUUGAAUGUUCUUGUAACAUUAAGGUAGGUAACAUUUAAAAAAGAUUACAACUUUCACAAGGUUAUACGCUGCAUACUGUUUUGCAGCUCCAAAAUAUUUUUUUCUGUAAGAGGAGGCAAAAUGGCUCUUUUGAUGCUAAAGGUUGCUGACCCCUGCGCUAGCUCGUUAGCUUGCUAGCUAGCGGCGUCUGGAGUCUUGCACUUCUUUGCAAACAAUAAUAGAAGUGUAAUGGUGACUAUAGGUGUUAUUUCAUGUCUACAGGGCUCUAGUAAUGUUAAAAAUCGUAUUUAGAAAGGUUUUCUAUGCUCGAACUAUGAAAAUAUUCCCUUUAUUAAAAUUUAAUCCCAUAUGGCAGAAAUUCAUUCAUUUAUCGCAGCCGUGUGUGGAACCAAAUAUCCAAUAUAAACGAGGGACGGCUGUAUUAAAAUAUGUUGUGUCAAAGACUAAAACUAACCAUGUAUUUUCUAUUCUCUCAAGCCAAUACUAAAUACAUAAUUAUUCGACAGCAAGGCAGUGUUAAUCGUGUUAUAUGCUUAUUGUUCUAUGAAUUGUAACUUUCGUCAACGCAGACGGUUGAUGUUUUGGUCCAACAGCACCCUUUAGUGGCCAUAAGCCGCAAUGUCUUUGUCUCCCAUUUUAAAGUCCUGAAGCAAACACUAAAUAUUAGUUAUAAAGCAAAACGUCACUUCGGUGGGGGAAAAAAAAACAUUUAAAAUGUGCGUUCCCUCCUAUUCGAGCAUCCUGGAAUAUUUUCAGAUAUGACACGGGUGGGGAAGAAAAAAAACACUUUAAUGGGAAGAAAACAUUUUUAUUGUACAAUUUGGAUGUGUGGCUGUGUUUGCUUGCGUUUUUCAUUUAGUGUUAAAAAACAAUGUUUCAAGCUGUGUCAUGUAGACGUCCGUAGUCAAUGUGGGAGCUUUUAUGACGAGUGACGGAAAGAAUUAAAGGUUUUCAAAACAA